AUGGACGACGAUGAGGUGUUCAUCGAGGAAGACGAAGCUUUGAAACAGUUCUUCCCUACGGGGUUUGGCAAGCAGACAAAGGAGACGGAUGUGGCUCGACAGCUAGAGAAGAGCAAACGACCUACCACGGCCAUCAAGGAAUUGCCCUCAGAAGAACGCGGCGGGAAUAAUGACUCCAGCGAUGAAGAUUCCGAGGAAGACUCCGAUGAAAAUGACGACUUCCCGGUCUCUCACGAGCUGGUGCUCAAGACCCAUGAGAGGCCCAUUACCACCAUUACCGUCGACCCUUCCGGCUCUAGAUUCAUCACUGGCUCUACAGACUGCACCAUCAAGUUCCACGACUUUGCUUCCAUGACCCCAAAUACCCUACAUGCCUUCAAAACAAUCGAUCCUACGGCUACAAAGGCAUCCGCGAGCUCGGAAACACACCCUGUCCACCAUGUCGAGUUCAACCCAAGCUCUCCAAGCUCAUUACUUGUCAUUUCCGCUACGCCUCAGGCCAAGAUAUUCAGUCGUGAUGGGGAAGAGCUCAAGGAAUUUGUCAAGGGAGACAUGUAUCUGAGGGAUAUGCACAAUACGAAGGGCCACAUUUCUGCCAUCACUACAGGAACAUGGCACCCAACGAACAAAGACCUCAUGGUCACGGCUGGCACAGACAGCACUCUGCGGAUAUGGGACGUCAACAUGCCGCUGAAGCAGAAGGACGUGAUAGUGCAUAAGUCAAGAGCAGCUGGAUCAGCAGGCAGGACGAGGAUGACCGCUGUGAAAUGGGGCACACCUAUCCAAGGUGGAAAGAAUUUACUUGUGGCAGCAGGUCUGGAUGGUAGUCUGGUCAUGUGGGACGGCGAUGGACCAUACUCAAGGCCAUCAGCGGAAAUACGAGAAGCCCAUAAAAGAGAUACUUGGACCGGAGGUCUUGAUGUCAGCGCUGAUGGGCGAACCGUAGUCACAAGGGGAGGUGACGAUCUGAUCAAGCUAUGGGAUACUCGCAAAUUCAAGCAACCCAUAAGCGUUGUCGACCAUAUAUCGACGUCCGAUCAAUACGCUAAUACGGACAUCCGUUUCUCUCCCACUUCUUCAUCGAUCAUUACAGGCUCCACACGCGGCGAGCUUCACAUCUUGAAUCCUGCUACGCUGAAGCCGGAGACUGUGACUCCUGUCACGGAUGGAUCUCCGCUCGUCACACUUCUAUGGCAUGAGAAAUUGAACCAGAUACUUACAGGCUCCGCGAACGCAGAGAUGCAUGUGCUAUACGAUCCGAAAACCUCAACUCGUGGCGCCGUUAUGGUCAUGUCUAAAGCCCCCAAGAGGCGACACAUCGACGAUGAUCCCAACUUCACUACCGAUCUUUCCCAGGGGCUAUCAGGAGACGCUAUAUCUUCCGGUGAUGGACUACGUGCAGCCCAAGCUGGUACUAGCUACGCUUCUCGACACCCAACAAUAGGUCUGACAGUGUCCGGCCGCUCUCGUGAUCCAAGGCGCCCGCACAUCCCCAUGACAACUCCGUUCGCUAAGAGCCAGCCCGACGAACAGCAUAUUAAGAACAACAUACCGCUCAGCUCUAUGCGUGAUGAAGAUCCACGAGAAGCUCUGCUGAAGUACGCCGAGAAAGCGGAGAAGGAUCCUAUGUUUACCAAUGCAUGGAAACAGACUCAGCCGAAGACCUUAUAUGCUGAUAUUAGCGACAACGAGGAAGAAGAAGGGCCCCAGAAGAAGAAAGCGCGGCCGGGCUAG